AUGGCUGCGACCAAGAUCGCCUCGCUCGUCAUUAAGACGCUCAGCAAGCCGAUCGCGGCGAGCAUCAAGCAACAGGCGCACCAGCAUGAGCGAUUCCGGCAGGUGUGCAUCGCGCUAGCGCAGUAUAUACAUCGCACAGAGAUGACGAUGCGCCUCAAUUUUGCGCCGCGCUGGCGCAUUUUCUCGUCAUCCGCAUUCGCCCCAUCGCGCGCAAUACGGCCGCUGAACGACGCGAAAGCGCUGGAAAAGGGCGCGCAGGCCUUCAGCGAGUUCUUCCUCUUCGCCGUCGCUGCGCUGCUGAUCAUCGCGGAGAACUACCGCGGUUCGAGGAAACGCAGGAAGCAGCGGGACGAGACGGAGGAGAAGGUCGAUGUUCUUGCAGAGUGUGUCAAGGUUCUGGUGGAGAGGCUGGAGGAG